GCGCGGCUCUUGUGCCGCGCGAAGCGUGUUGUCUCAGCAGCCCAGGGCGCCGGAGAGGGAGCGGCCCUGGCCUCGGGGCCACGGCCCUUGCUUCCUUUUCGUUGUCGCGAAACGCCGUGCGCCCCGAGACCGGGGCGAUGGGUGCCAACGAGGACCAGGAGAUGGAACUGGAGGCAUUACGCUCUAUUUAUGAAGGAGAUGAAAGUUUCCGGGAAUUAAGUCCAGUUUCAUUUCAAUACAGGAUAGGUGAAAAUGGAGAUCCCAAAGCCUUCCUCAUAGAGAUUUCCUGGACAGAAACCUAUCCGCAGACACCUCCCAUCAUAUCCAUGAAUGCCUUUUUUAACAACACCAUAUCAUCAGACGUAAAACAGAGCAUACUAGCCAAGUUACAGGAGGCGGUGGAAGUCCACCUCGGGACGGCCAUGACCUACACGCUGUUUGAGUACGCCAAGGACCAUAAGGACCAGUUCAUGGAGAACCAUCAUCCCGUUCAUUCUGCUACAUCCAUAAGCAACAUCAUCUCAGUUGAAACUCCUAGCACAGCCCCGUCAAGUAAGAAAAAAGAUAAAAAGGAACAACUUUCAAAAGCCCAGAAACGUAAACUGGCAGAUAAAACAGAUCACAAAGGAGAACUUCCUCGAGGAUGGAACUGGGUUGAUGUGGUGAAGCAUUUGAGCAAAACUGGCUCUAAAGACGAUGAAUAGCCCUUGGAAUCUGAGACGAGGGAAGAGCAUCCUUUAAUAAGUAAACGGGGUUCAAAAUCUUUCAUUACUCUUUUCUGGUAUUGAGGUGGCUUUUUAUAAAACAAUUGUUUUGUAUGUUUCUUACGUAAAAAAAAUGUUUCAAGUUGAAAAAGGAAUCUGGUUGUAUUAAAUUAUUUUCACAAACUUGCCUUAAUAAAAGGUGAAAUGUUACUGUUUAGUAUAAUACUUUAUUGAACCAGUUAUAAACGGAGAAAUGUGAGGAAUUAUAAUCAAUGUCAAUUUAUGUGAUCUUAUUCUGGUGGAUAUGAUAUUUUUUAAAGGAGUUUUAAGCUCUUUUCAGAUUCUUAUCCCAUUGGAGAAUAUGAAUGAACAAUAUGUUCACAGUAUGAUCCGUAUUAAUAGGCUUCUCGUCUUUAAGUCUUUGUUCCUUCUUUCUUUUAAUUACUGAAGCAUAAAUUGCUUCAGAGAGAUUUAAAUACUAGUAUUUUAACUUUAUAUGUAAUAUUCUUUCUAGGUCCUUUUUAUUUUUCAAGGGUGAACUGCUUUUUAAGAAAUAUAUAUCUGUUAAUACUUUUGAUUUGGGUAAUGAUGUUUGAUCCUGAGAGCUUUCAAUGAUAUGUGGAAUCAGAAAGGAAAAAAAAAAAAAAGAUCUGCCAAAUACUUUAGAAAAUAUUUGAAUAAAAGUGCUUGUUCCCAUUUAAACCAUUUCUCUUUGCUGCAUAUACCUAGAUGGGAGUAAAAGAUGCCUUAAUAUUUAAUUUUUGUAUUGUUAAAGGCAGUGGUUUUAAUAAAUUCCUAUUUAUCCAUUGUG